AUGGGUGUAUUUGUGUGGGUGUGUAAGAGUCUGCAUGUGUGCGAGCCUGUGCUCUUCUCAAGUCCAGCAGCCAAUCCUGAGCGCAGCCCAGGGCCUUCCAGCCAAUGGGAAGGCGGCGCGGCCCGCUUUUCCUGGAGCUAUAAAUUCCGGAGCCGCGGCAAGUGCAGGCGGCGCCGGGAGCGGCCGUGCGUCCUGCUGCCAGGAGCGCCGUGGGCCUCACGGAGCUGCAGCGGGAGCGCAAGGAUGUCCACGUCUUCAAAGCCGAGAUCUGGCGACGCGGGGACCCCCGAUCGCCUUCCUCAGACCCUUCCGCCGCCUCAGUCCAAGCCACUCACCUCCUUCCUCAUCCAGGACAUCCUUAGGGACGGCGCCGAGCGGCGCCACACUAACACCCCGGAGCCACGGUCCCAGUCGCCGCCCACGAGGGAGACAGAGCCCGAGGGAAGCCGAAGCCACGUCCUGGAGGCCGAGCUGAGCGCGCAGCCGAGCUCCGCUCUCGGGGCGUCGGGGAACCUGGUGGAGACCGAGCAAGACAGGCACUUUGAGCCUUAUCUGUUGGACUGUGAAAACACUUCAGGCACCCUACCAAACCUCCCACCACAGGCACCCAAGCAGCCACAGAAGCGCUCCCGAGCGGCCUUCUCCCACACGCAGGUCAUCGAGUUAGAGAGGAAGUUCAGCCAUCAGAAGUACCUGUCAGCCCCAGAAAGGGCUCACCUGGCCAAGAACCUCAAGCUCACUGAGACCCAAGUGAAAAUAUGGUUCCAGAACAGACGCUAUAAGACCAAGAGGAAGCAGCUCACCUCUGAGCUAGGAGACCUGGAGAAGCACUCCUCACUGCCAGCCCUCAAAGAGGAGGGCUUCUCCAGGGCCUCUCUGAUCUCCAUGUAUAACAAUUACCCCUACUACCCCUACCUUUACUGCCUGGGGAGCUGGAGCCCAGCUUUCUGGUAAUGCUCCCUCAGAUGA